ACCUCCUCAAUAACCUAAUCUUGCUGGCAAGAGUAACCGAGAGUUCGUCCUGCCGGAAAGCAGCACGCCCCUGCGGCAAUUUACGACGUCGGCGGUGAAAGGCCCUGGAAAUUCGCCGACCUCCUCCCUACAGCGGGGCGAAAGCCAGCGAGAUGUUCGGUGCGAGCGACGAAGACGACACCGACUUCCUCUCGCCUAGCGGCGGUGCCAGAUUGGCUUCUCUUUUUGGACCAGAUCAGGCAGUUGCUGGCCAUGGAAAUGAGUUCUUCCAGUAUACAGCCCCAAAGCAGCCUAAGAAAGGCCAGGGCACAGUAUCAACAGGAAAUCAGGUGACACCAAAAACAGCACCCACCACAACAGGCACAUCCACAGUAUUGGUUGCAAUAGCAGUCCAUGCAUAUCGUUACACAAAUGGUCAGUAUGUAAAGCAGGGCAAAUUUGGUGCUGCAGUCCUGGGAAAUCACACAGCCAGAGAGUAUAGGAUCCUUCUGUAUAUCAGUCAACAACAGCCAGUUACUGUUGCCAGAAUUCAUCUGAACUUUGAGCUAAUGGUUCGGCCCAAUAACUAUAGCACCUUUUAUGAUGACCAGAGGCAAAACUGGUCCAUCAUGUUUGAGUCAGAAAAGGCUGCUGUGGAGUUCAAUAAACAGGUAUGCAUUGCCAAGUGCAACAGCACCUCUUCCCUGGAUUCAGUGCUGUCACAGGACCUUGUCGUAACAGAGGGCCCUGCAGUAGAAGUUGGAGAUUCUUUGGAAGUAGCCUAUACCAGCUGGGUCUUUCAGAAUCACACGCUGGGCCAGGUUCUUGACUCCACUGCUAACAAAGAUAAGCUGCUCCGCCUGAAGUUAGGAUCAGGAAAAGUCAUCAAGGGCUGGGAGGAUGGAAUGGUAGGCAUGAAAAAAGGAGCGAAGCGGUUGCUUUUCAUCCCUCCAGCCUGUGCUGCUGGGUCUGAAGGAGUAAUAGGAUGGUCUCACUCAACAGACUCCAUCCUGGUGUUCGAGGUGGAGAUUAGGCGGGUCAAAUUUGCUAGAGAUGCCGGCUCUGAUGGGCACAGUGUUAGUUCCCGGGAUUCUGCAGCCCCUUCUCCCGUACCUGGUGUUGACAACAUCUCUGCUGAUCCUGUUGUGUCACCGUCCACUUCGGUGCCUUUCAAAUCAGGGGAGUCAGCUCUUCGUUCCAAAUCUAACUCCCUCAGUGAACAGCUUACAAUGAAUACAAAUCCUGAUACAGUCAAGGCCAAGUUGAUCUCUCGGAUGGCUAAAAUGGGCCAGCCCAUGCUGCCCAUUCUUCCACCACAGCUGGAUUCCAAUGAUUCCGAAAUUGAAGACGUGAAUGCUCUUCGAGGAGCUGGGCAGCCCCUGGGGACUCUGCCCAUUCAGCCCUCUCUUCAGCCAGCCCAUCCAGCGCUACCACAGAUGACCUCACAAGCACCUCAGCCAUCUGUUUCUGGGCUUCAAACGCCGUCUGCUGCCUUAAUGCAAGUUGCAUCACUUGAUUCCCACUCCGCUGUAUCUGGAAAUGCCCAGUCCUUUCAGCCCUAUGCAGGUAUGCAAGCCUACGCAUAUCCCCAGGCCCCAGCUGUCACUUCCCAGCUGCAGCCCGUUCGGCCCUUGUAUCCAGCACCACUCUCUCAGUCUCCCCACUUUCAAGGAUCAGGUGACGUGGCUUCAUUUCUCAUGACUGAAGCCCGGCAACACAACACUGAAAUUCGAAUGGCAGUCAGCAAAGUGGCUGAUAAAAUGGAUCAUCUCAUGACUAAGGUUGAAGAAUUGCAGAAACAUAGUGCUGGCAAUUCCCUGCUCCUUCCUGGCAUGUCAGUGACAAUGGAAACAAGCAUGAUCAUGAGCAACAUCCAGCGAAUUAUUCAGGAAAAUGAAAGAUUGAAGCAAGAGAUCCUUGAAAAGAGCAGUCGGAUAGAAGAACAGAAUGACAAGAUUAGUGAACUGAUUGAACGAAAUCAGAGGUAUGUUGAGCAGAGUAAUCUGAUGAUGGAGAAGAGGAACACCUCGCUGCAGACAGCCACAGAAAACACACAGGCAAGAGUAUUGCAUGCUGAGCAAGAGAAGGCCAAGGUGACGGAAGAGUUAGCAGCAGCCACUGCACAGGUCUCUCAUCUGCAGCUAAAAGUGGCCGCCCACCAAAAGAAGGAAACAGAGCUGCAGAUGCAGCUGACAGAAAGCAUGAAGGAUACAGACCUCCUCAGGAGCCAGCUUGCCAAAGUGCAGGCAGAGCUCUCAGAGCUCCAAGAAACCUCUGAGCAAGCACAGUCCAAAUUCAAGAGUGAAAAGCAAAGCCGGAGACAACUGGAACUCAGGGUGACAUCCCUGGAGGAGGAGCUGACUGACCUUCGAGCUGAGAAGGAGUCUUUGGAAAAGAACCUCUCAGAAAGGAAAAAGAAGUCAGCUCAAGAGCGCUGUCAGGCUGAGGAGGAAAUAGAUGAAAUUCGCAAGUCGCACCAGGAGGAAUUGGACAAACUUCGACAGCUCCUGAAAAAGGCUCGGGUGUCCACAGACCAAGCAGCUGCAGAGCAGCUGUCUCUAGUGCAGGCUGAGCUUCAGAGCCAGUGGGAAGCCAAGUGUGAACAUCUGUUGGCCUCUGCCAAGGAUGAACACCUGCAGCAGUACCAGGAGGUGUGUGCCCAGAGAGAUGCCAGCCAGCAGAAGCUGCUCCAGCUGGAGGCAAAGUGUUCAGCCCUCCAGGCCCAAGUCACAGCCCUGAAAGAGCAGAAUGCACAGCACCUCAAGGACCUGGAGAACAAGCCCCAGGUGUCUGGAGUGGAAGCUGCCACUGCUGACCCCUCAGAGAAGGUCAAGAAGAUCAUGAACCAAGUGUUUCAUUGCUUGCGGGGGGAGUUUGAGCUGGAGGAAUCUUACAAUGGCAGGACCAUUCUGGGGGCCAUCAUGAGCACCAUCAAGAUGGUGACUCUCGAGCUGUUAGACCAACAUGAGCGAGAGAAAGGAGAGAGCAGCAAUGAAGAAGAGGAAGAAGAGGAGCGACCUCGGAGCCCUGCCCAGGAGCCAUCCAUCUCAGUCAGUGCUAGGCAGUCUCAGGCACCCUCGCACAGGGAGAAGCAGGCCCCCACGGUGCCGACAGAGCAGGUGGUCCAGGAAGCUGCCGCUCUGCCUCCUCAGGCCCUCCCGACUCCCCAGGAUGAUGUGCAGGGGAGGGAUGGGGAGCCCUCAGAAGCAGAGGCCCUCUCAGAGAUAAAAGAAGAUGCCUCCCCUCCUGAACCAGCUUGCCUCGCCUCCCACAGAGCCCUGAGGCCCCCGACUUCAAUUCCCCAGCCUCCGGGCCCUGUAACUGUGGACUCUGAGUGUGAGGAGGCCCUCGCUCCCAGCUCCUUGGGAGGUGCCUUUGUCGGGGAGCAAGAAAGCUCCAGGAGACUGUCCCUGACUUUAGACUCCAAAAAGGGGGACCCACUGGCCUUGGGGCCUGAAAGUCCAGAAGGAGAGCCUCGGGCUCCAGAGCUCAAGAAUGAGGAGGGUGUUACUAGCACCCCUGCUCCCUCCCAGGAGCCCUGCAGCCCAGAGGCAGCUUCUUCAGCCGUAGGAGCAACAGCUGGAUCCAGCCACUGUUCUCAGCAGCCCAGUCUCUGUGAAGAUGAAGACGACGAACUGUUUAAAGGGGCAACUCUGAAAGUUGCGAGCCCCAAAGCACAGGCUGAGGAGGAGGAUGAUGACGAGGUGAGCAUGAAGGGACGCCCGCCCCCAACACCCCUUUUUGGAGAUGAUGACGAUGACGAUGACAUUGACUGGCUGGCCUGAAGACCCAGGAAACCGGUGCAAAGGUUUCUCUGCCGACCCUUCCCUGAGCAUGAUUUUGCACAGCCAGCCCCGGGUCUAGACAAGCCCCAGGGUGAGGUGAAGGUGAGCUUUCUGAGGACAGUAAUUCAGAUAUCCGAGUUAGCCAGCCUCUGAGCCCCUGCCUGGCCGGCAGAAGAGGAGUGAGAUCCUGUCUUCAGAACGCCGGUGGUCAGCAGCCCACCGUGGUCCUGCCUCAGUGCCCCGUGGAGGAAGGGCUGGGGGCUCCCCUCCAGCCAGUCCCUGCGAGAGUCCUGCCCUCUCCCAAGCUUUUAUUCUCUUAACUCGUGGACUGAUCUGCCUCUCAAUGCUCGACGGUGUCUCAGCCACAGGAUUGUCACCUGGGGUGAGGUCUCCCCAGUAGAACCGAGGGUGGAUUAUACUGUCCAAGCCAGGAUGACUUAACAGCCUUGCCUGCAGUCCUGAGACGUCUUGUCUUUUUUCCUGCCUUAAAUCUAAGAGGUCAAUGAAUAUUUGAAAUUAACAAAACUAAAAUAAAUGUCUUCAGUGAAAGUUAACUCAAGCUCUUGGGGUGAAAUCAGAUUUGUUUCUGAGGGCUGUCUGUGCUCCCUCUCUGGGACUCUAAGGGUAGGAGUUGUAGCAGAUCUGGGUUGGUUAGUAUGCUUGAAAGCUUUGUGAGGUGUUUGCUUUGGUACCUAACCCUGGAACUUUAGAAGGUCACCACUCUGCUAUCCCAGCUCAUCCCAGCUACUUUAAGGCUUGGGGCAGCAGGGUUGUCUGAGGACCAGUCCUGUUGUCUACUUGCUGCUGCAGGUGUAGUCCUACACCCUAGGGGCCAUGCAGAGGAGGCUGGGGGUAGGGGGGGUCCCUGUGUUCUACUGUCGUUCAUCAUGGCACCUGAGAGAUUGAGUCUUCACUUUGAGAGCAGCUUCCAUUCCCUCUUAGUUCAGGCCCAGGAUUAUGCAGGGAAUAGUAGUGAGAAAAUGUCUGUAGUUAUUGUAUUUAUUUCAGGACUUUCCAAAGACCAUGCAACCAGUCUUCAAAAAAUGUAGAGUAAUUUUGGAGUUCCCUUUGUGGCUCAGUGGUAAUGAACCUGACUAGUAUCCUUGAGGAUGCAGGUUCAAUCCCUGGCCCCACUUAGUGAGUUAAGGAUCCGGCAUUGGUGUGAGCUGCUGUGUAGGUCACAGAAAGCAGCUCGGAUCUGCUGUGGCUGUGGCUGGGAACUUCCAUAUGUCACAGGUGCAGCCCUAAAAACAAAAAAAUAAUUUCAAUAAAAAAUAUUCCCUUAUUUAAAAUGUUUAUCAGGUAGGAACCUGAAUGGCAUUCCAUCUGACCUGACGUCGUCCUUUGUGGCGACAGCCUUGAGCCUGGGAGGCAGUAAGAACUACCAUUUACUACAAAUAGGCACUGCUGUGGAGUAAUUUACACAGACUAUCUCAUCUCCAGCAACCCUCGCAGAAGACACUGUUAUCCAUUUUAUAGUGGAGACACUGGGGCAUGGAGCGGUAAAGUAACCUUUCCAAAGUUACCUAGCUUGUUGGCAGCAGAACAAGAAUUUAAAUCCUGGCCAUGGGAUUCGAGAGCCUGGGCUCUUGGCCACCACAGCAGCAUUUGUCCUGGGUUGAGGGAGGAGGGGAGUGAUGUUUGUUAGAAGUACGGGCUUGUAGGCCUCACAAUAUCCUGACACAGAAUUUCUGCCCUCUUAGGGUAAAAUACACAGACAUGAGAGUUUUCAGCCUCCAGUGUCUGCACUCACGCCCUUGUUCCACUGGGUGGGUGCUGUAUGGCUAUAGCCAGUUAUCCUCUCAGCCUCAGCCCUCAUCUGAGUUGAUGAAUGGACUUGGGGCCAGGCUGCCUGGCUCUGCCACUUAUUAGCUGGAUGACUUUAUUAAUUUCUCUGUGCCUCAGCUUCCUCAUCUCCAAGACAAGGACAAAAAUAGUUUCUACCUUGUUGUGGGGAUUAAAUGAUUAAUAUUGUGGAGUUCCUGUUGUGGCUCAGUGGAUUAAGAAUCCGACUAGUAUCCAUGAGGAUGCGGGUUCAAUCCCAGGCUUCGCUCAGUGGGUUAAGAAUCUGGCAUUGCCAUGAGCUGUGGUGUAGAUCACAGACGUGGCUUGGAUCCCAUGUUGCCAUGGCUGUGGCAUAGGCUGGCAGCUACAUCUCUGAUUCGGCCCCUAGCCUGGGAACUUCCAUAUGCCGUGGGUGCAGUCCUAAAAAGCAAAAAAAGAAAAGUUAAUAUUGAAAAGUGCUUAGAUACUGCCUGGCACAUGAUAAGCAAUGCAUAGGUGUUAAAUUCAAGUAGAGAAAAUACCACCUUUUGUGACUUGGUUCUGAAGAAUGUUGAAGUGCCUACUUAAUCUGGCCUAUAAUCCAUUUCUCUAGAGCACAGAUUAAAAAAAAAAAAAAAAAAGCCCUCCAUGUUUUGAAAGC